GUCGCCUCUGAGGCCCUUUUUGGGCGCAUGUUCGCCGUGGGUGCUCUCAUCAGCAGCAGCCCUCUCACUCCCCUCAAAUUCUCUCCCCUCCCCUUCUUCCCCAAAACCCCCUUCCCUCAGGACGCCUCUGAAGCCCUCUUUGGUCGCAUGUUCGCCCUCGGCUCUCUCAUUCGGAGCGGCCUUCUUGCAUCCCCUUCCUCCCUUUCCUCCACAACCGAAAAGCCAGCAGCAGCGGCAGCAGGAGGGGGGGAGACGGGGUGGGUGGUGGGGAGGGGGGGGUGGUUACCGGGGGAGGUUGUAUCUCAGCUCCUGAGGGUCGGCGAGCAACGGUCUUUCCUUGCCGAGCCUGCAACGGUGCUGCUGGUGGCACUGAUUUCGCAGCUUCCGGCCUCCUCCCUCCCGCGAAUCCUCGCCCUGCCACCCAUUACCGCUUUCCUCUCUCAAGACCCCUCCGAUUCUUCCCCCGAGGCCCUGCACCUGGCGCUCAAGCUGUGGCAGCUGGGGGAAGCAGGGGUAGGGGGAGGGGAGGGAGGAGAGGACGGAGGAGAGGAAGGAGAAAGAGGGGCAGGAAAAAAAUCGGGGAAAAAGGGGGCCAAAGGGCGGAAAUAUGCUGCUGGAGCAGGGGCGGAGACGGGCAGCGGAAACACAUUUCUGCGCACGCUGCUGGAGCUUUGCCCUCUGCUGCCGCAGUCCGGUCGGGCAGAAGAUUUUUUCAGCGCCGCCCAUCUGGAGAAGCUGCUGCCUGUGCUGCAAAAUAGUUCCUCCUCCCACCCACGCCUGCAUGCCGUGUGGGCGUUGCUUCUAGACCGCCUCUUCUCACUCCCCCUCCCCUCUCUCCCUCUCCCCUCUCUCUCUCCCCCCUCCUCCUCCUCCCCCUCUUCCCUGCUCGCGUCUCUCCCAUUUCUCUCCCCCGCUUUCUCCAAACCCUCCUCUUCCUCCUCCUCUCCCCUCCCCUCCUCAGCCCUUUCGACUUUCUGGUCUAUAAUAGUAGACAGGGGACUAAUCCCUUCCUCUCACGAAAGGAGGUAUUUGGCUAUUAAUCUCUUGCUGCUCCUAAUCCCGCGCCUCCCUCCCACCACCACGGCCCACGUCAUCCUCUCUCGACCAAUCACGCGCUGCUUAAUGGACGCGCUGGGGGCGGGGAGCAGGGCGCACCUGUUCCCACUGAGUCAGCGCUGCGUCGCGCUGAUUCAGCGAUGGCCCACCUUGGGGGAAGUGGGGGAAGGAGGGGAAGGGGAGGGGGAGGAGGGGGAGGACGGGGGAGGGCGGGGAGAGGGAAUAGAGGGCAAGCAGGGGAAUGAAGGGAAGGAGGCGGAAGGGGGGAAAAUCAAGGCAGCAAAAUCAGCGGCAUCACCAGCAGCAGCGGCAGCAGCAGAAAUGGAAUCAGCAGCAGCAAGGCUUGCUAUCCUGACCACCCUGCAGCAGCACUCUAAAGGGCAGUUCGAUACAGUCACACGCAGCAAUGCUGUUCGCUUGCUUGCAGCGGGGAUUGCAGGGGUUGAGGGGGAGAGGGCGUAUUACGGGUUUCUGCAGUCUGUGUUUGCCCGCCCCGGGGAGUUUGUGGGUUUAGGGGGAGAGGUGAGGGAGACGGGGAGAGGCGGGGACGGGAGGGGAGGGAGAGGAGGGAAGGAGGGGAAGAAGGGGAAGGAAGGGAAGUGGGGGAGUGCGGUUGGGGAGGAGAAAGGAGGAGGGGAGAAGGAGUGGGAGCGAGAGGCAGAAGCGGAGAAAUGGCGGUUUUGGGCGCUGGAUCAGAUGUGUAGGCUGGUAUCAAAACCAGUUCCCAAACCGGCGCUUAGCCUAAGGAAAACGCUUAAGCAGCUGAAGAAGAAGAGUGUUUUGAACGCUGAUGCUGCUAAAACGGCGGAUGGUGCAGGAGAAGAGGAGGGGAAGGAAAGGGAGGGAGUGGAGGUGAGAGAAGAGGAGGAGAGGAGGAGGAGGGAAGCAGACGAGGCAGUGAAGGCAGUGUGGGAGCAUGUGACUCUAAGGAAGGUGAUUCUAGGAUUCAUUAUGAGAGUCAUAUUAAAGGGCGGCGAAAUUCAGGCUGAAAACGGUGGGGGGUUGGCGACAGUCGUAGGAGGAGAGGAGGAGGAGGAAACUCGGAGGAAGGGAAAGAAAGGGAAGAAAGGGAGCAAAGAGGGAAAGCGGAACGAGAAGCAGCAGGACGAGCAGGGGCAGCAGGGGCAGCAGGGGCGAGAGUCAGAGUCAGGGGCUCUCUCUUUUGAGUCGACUCAAAAGUCACGAGGGCUGGAGUCAGAGGCUCGGCCUCUCUCUUUCUCCCCUGUCGUGUCUGCAGGUGUGCUGGCUGCUUGCCGGUCCCGGUUCUUAUCCUCGUUAGAAGCUCUUUUCAAGCAGCUGGACUAUUUCGUUAAGAGCCCUGAGGGGAGAGAGGUGGAGAGGGCUUUGGGGGCCGGGAGAGAGGGGAGCGAAAGGGAGGGAGGGAAGGAAGGGAAGGAGGGGAAGGGCACUGAAGGCGUGAGUAUAAAGGGAACGGGAUUGUGGGUGGUCGAGCAGCUAGCAUGGGAGGGUGAGGGGUGGAUGGAAGGGAGGAGGAGAGCGGGUGUCGAGAAUGGAACGAUGGAGGUUGAUGGGAAAGAGGAGGGGAGUGAGAAAGAGGAGGAAGAAGGGGAGGAUGUGGAGGCAGUUGCAAGAGGGUUGAAAGAAACACUCAAGCUCGUUGCUCAAGCGAAAGAGGAGCGGGCUGAACUGGCUUUUGGGUCGACUCAACAGUCACUCAAGCUUGUCACUCAAGUGAAAGAGGAGGGCGCUGAAAGUGCCAACCAAGCGACCCUGCCAGUCCCUGCUUUUGCGUCUCCUCUGCUUGAAGCUCGGAGGAAGGCUGUUGGCGUGCUCCUAGGGACGCUCCUGCUCUGCAUUCGCAUCCAAACCUCCGCCGAAGCUGCUGCCGAAGCUGCCGCCGAGGCUGUUGCCGAGGCUGGUGCGGGUGGGGAUGGGGGGGUUCAGAAGGCGAAAGAGAGUGAAGGUAGUGGGGAUGAGGAUGAGGAGAAGGAGGAAGAGGAGGAGGAGGAGGAGGGUGCUGCUUCUCCUCCUGCUGGUGCUGCUGGUGCCGGUGGUGCUGUUGCCGGUGGUGGUGACGUGGAUGUUCUUCUGGAAGCUGCUGCUGACGUCACUGCCAUUGCGCGCCAGCUGGUGGCCUCUGGUUGGUUGAUUCCCAAGGGAGGGAAGGCUGGCGCGAAUGGAAGUUUGGGAGGGAAGGGGAGAGGAAAGAGGGUGGUAGAUGGUGAGGAGGACAGUGAGGAGAGUGAGGAGGAAGAGGAGGAGGAGGAGGAGGAGGAGGAGGAGGAGGAGGAGGAGGAGGAGGAAGAGGAGGAGGAGGAAAAGACAAAGGAUGUGAUGCUGUCAUUGGUGGAUGUAGUUUUGUCCUUACUGGCGCAGGAAUCCUCUCUUCUGAGAGGGGCGGCGGAGGGUGUCUUUAGCGCCUUCUGCAACGAUCUGACUGCCGAGGCCCUUGAGACUAUAAUGGAGGUGGUUGUAACGAAUCCUAGGAGCAAGAAGAGAGAGGAGGUGCUGGAAGGGGAGGAGGAGGAGGAAGAGGAAGAGGAGGAGAGUGGAGAGGAAGGGUCGGAAGGUGAAGAAGGCAGUGAAGAUGAGGAAGAGGAGGAGGAAGAGGAGGAGGACGACGAGGAGGACGCUGCGUUAAGAAAAGCUAUCAAGGAAGCGAAUGAAAACAGCAUCGGUAACCCCAACGGCAGCAUGAGCGACAGCGACAAUGAGGAGUUGAUGGACGAUGCGGCCAUGUUCCAAAUCGACCAGCACCUGGCCGACAUUGUUCGGCAGAAAGUGGAGGCAGAGACUCGCCGCAAACGCCGGCAGAGCAUCUUGCUGGGAGAGCACUUCCGCCUGCGCGCCUUGUCGCUCCUUGACACGUGGCUCGCACACGCUCCCAGUGCUUACUCCCACGCACGCUCCCUCUCGUUUGAAGAGCCUCACUCGUUAGAAGGCAGGAAGCCUCUUUCGUGCGAUCCGCUGGUGCUUGCGGUGGUGCCGCGGCUGCUGAAGGCGGCAGCGGGGAACUAUGCGGCGAAGGGCAGCUUGAAGGGCGGGAAGGGCGGGGGAGGCGGCGAGGGGAGGGGGGGCACCGGGCAUGAUGCUGUGCUGGUGAGGGUUGAGAGGAUGCUGGAGAGGCGGGUGGUUGGUGCUGUGGUGGUUGUGGGGGGAGGAGGAGGGAAAGGAGGAGGGAAGGGAGGAGGGGGGAAGGGGGGAGGGAAGGGUGCUGCUGCUGGUCAGGAAGAGGAGGAAGAGGAGGGGGAGGAGGAGAUGAGGAGGAUAGCAAUCGAAAGGCAGCAGGAGCGGCAGCAGGAGAGAGAGGAUGAGGCUAUUCUGCUUGCCGCCCGGGCGGCCAUGCAGAAGUGUUUUGCAGAGGCCACCCGGCGAACCUCCAUCCGGCACCUGGCGCUCGUCGCGGGAGAUUGUGCCAUGUGGCUCUGCCACGUCAUCCAGGCGCGGCUCUUAGCUAAGUCCCAGCAGGAAGCGAUUUCUAAUCGCGAUCAGGAGAAAAACGCCAAGCCUCAGCAACAGCAGCAGCGGGGGAAGAAGCAGCAGGGGAAGCAGGGGAAUGCGUUCAAGGCAUCUUUGAUCGAUUCAUCCGUUCUAGACGCCUUUUCUUCGGCCAUUUCCCGAAUCCUUGAUUCUCGGGAUUGCCCUCUCCCUCUGACCUUUAUCCGCGACACUCUCGCUCGCUUUCCCGGAAUGUUUUCCGCUCUCAUUCCGUACUUUUUCAGAAAGUGUGGCUCGGGCAGGUCGGAGUUCGUCCGGGCAGCUGCGAUAAAACUCGUCACGCCGUUCCUGAACCGUUUUCCGCUGCCCGAGGGGGCCGCGGAGGUGCUAUCCGGGCAGGUAGAAAAGGGGGUGGUGGGGAAACUGCUGAUCGAAACCCUAAAGCAUGAGUAUGGGAAGUUAGAGCGGUGGGAGUUGGGACUUGAUUUCUGCUGUGCUCUGCUGCGGUCUGUAGGCCAUGCAGACGAGUUCCUAGCAGCAGCUGCUCUCAAGGCGGACGAAGAAUCUUCUAAGAAGGUUCCAAACGGCAGCGAGAGGGUUGGGAGUGAAGGCUCGGGUGCUCCUCCGAAGCUCCUCCAGGCCUUGGAUGUUGAGGGGCUGAAGGCAGCUUCGGCCGAACCUGCGUCGGUGCAGCGGGUAAAAGGGAAGGGGAGGACCGGGCAGGUGAUUGCACAGUUGCAGCGGCUGGUGGCAGCUGUAGAGGCUGUGAGGGAGGGGAGGGCGGGGAGUUUGCGAGAGGGAGUGAAUGUGGUUUUGGGGCGUGUGAAGGGAGGGAAGGGGACUGGGGUUGCUACUGUGGAAACCUUAAAAAGCUUUGGGGUGGUUGCUGAGUGGAUGGUAGCUUGCCAAGGUUUUAACUCAUAA